UGGUACGGUUUUGAUGAUUGCACAUGUAAGUUCUGCUUUGCUAUGGAAUAUAAAUUAAGUGCAAGAAGAAGCAGGUUACGGAACAUGUUCGAUCAUUAUGUUAGCUAAGGAAUAUUUCAUUAUUUAUCCAAUAAAGAGAAGACUGGUAGGUUUGAAGAUGGACAUUGAAUAUGCAGUUAUGAAGAUGGGAAAAGGGAUGGCAGACCAUCAACAAAAAUUUUUAGAACAUCAAAUUAUUAUCAGUCUUAUCUCAUGAUUGCAGUGUCUAGUUGGUGUGCCAUGUUUAAUUUAUGCAUAAUUUCUUAUGUUUUUUUUUUGGUUUGAUUAUUAUGUCUUUUUUCAUUUGUUAUUACUUUGAUAUUUUGCAAUGUAUCUUAGUCUGUCAUUUGAAACAAAGCCUAUUAUUAUAAAUUGGGCUGACGGGUAUGUACUUGAGGUCUUUUAAUUCAUAUAGUAGAUCAUUUACUGAAAAUUUGUUGUUGCUUUUCCUUCUUUUUUGUAUAAUGGUAUCGGCAAAUUAUUGGGUCAGGUGACCGAACCCAUCUCUGCGUUCGGUCACCAAUAGAAAGACGACAUUUGUCAGGCAUUUUUUUAAUUUAAUAUCUUUGCUUUAUGUCUUGUCAGCCUUAGCGACCCGACCCGAUAACCUUUAUUGAACUUUUAAGCAUUUGCCGCCUUUUUUUUGCAAUUUGAAACCCGCGAAACACGUAAAUAGCUACUCCUGUAGAAGAAAAAACGAGCCAGAAAAUUGCAGAGAAGAAAUGGACUGCUCAGCGAAGAGGGAGGUGGAAGAGGGCAUGGAAGAGGGAGUGCAUGAAUCGGAAAGGAUGCAUGAAUCGGAAGGGCUGGUUCAUGAAUCGGAAUCAGAACCUAACUUAGCUGGAAAUUCCUCUGGUUUCGACAUAUCGGUAAGUUUCUUGGAUAAACGAGUUAGAAAGUUGUAAAGAGUCAGUUUUAAUCUCAUCGCCGCAGAAAAAGGGCGUAGGUUUCAGCUCAUUAGAGUUCUAGGAUCUUAGAUUUUGCGAUUUUUAGGCAGAAUAAAUUUUUUUUGUCCGAAAAGUAAAAAAAACUCUAAUGUUGUUGCUUAGCUUUCAUUAUUGUUUUUAGGAUGAAGAUGAUAAAAAAAAAACAGAACUUGUUUGAUAUUUACUUGCGCUUUACGUGCGCUUAACUUGCGCUUUACUUGUGUUUUAACAUUUCAGGCUAUUUAUAAAGAUGAGACAGAAGCAUAUGAAUGUUUUUGCACUUAUGCUCACGAUAAUGGCUUUAGCGUCCGAAAGGAUCAUCACAGUUUUUGGCCAAAUUCUAGGAAGAUAAAAUCGAAGGACUUUGUUUGUUCAAAAGCUGGUUUCAAGAAAAGUUAUGAUCUUAAUUCAAGAAAGAGAUUCACUAGACCAGAUGUCAGAACUGGUUGCCCAGCUAUGGUGAGGUUUGUCACAGAUGAAGAUGGUUACUGGCAUGUCAAAAGAUUUUUUGAAUCCUACAACCAUAAAUUAUCUAGCCCAGCCGACCGACACCUUUUGAGAUCAUGUAGGAAUGUUGUUGAGGAAAAAGCUUCCGUCCUAAAAUCGAUGAUAGAUGCAGGGAUUAGAACCGUUGAUGCAUAUGCCUACCUUGCAGAGAAAGUUGGUGAAUGUGAGAAUAUCGGAUUCUCUAAGAGGGAUGCCUACAAUUUUACUCAGAAGGAGAAAAGAGCAAGGAUUGAAAUUGAUGACACUAAUUCUUUGAUUCAAUUAUUUAAAGAUCGACUAGUUGAGGACCACAUGUUCACAUGGGAUGUUCAAUAUGAUGAUUAGGAUAGAUUGUUAAAUUUUUUCUAUGUUGAUGGCAGAAGCAGGAUAGAUUAUGAAUGUUUUGGAGAUGUGUUGAUUUUUUAUACCAGUUACAGGCUGAACAAGUCUAAUUUUGUUUGUGCGCCAUUUGUUGGUGUUAACAAUCAUUGGCAGAAUAUUUUGUUUGGGAUUGCUUUUUUGUCAGAAGAAACAAUUGAAAGUUUUACAUAGUUGUUUAAAAUUUUUGUACGAAUAAUGAGUAAUAAAUAUCCAACAAUAAUAUUCACUGAUCAGGACCAAGCUAUGGCCAAAGCCAUAGAAGUUGCAUUACCUCACACUCGUCAUAGAUUAUGCCAAUGACACAUAUUUAAAAAGGUUCCAUCAAAAGUUUCCAUCUACAAUAGCAAUAAUAAAGUUAGAGGACUCUUCCAUAAGUGUAUGAGGUGGUGUGAUUCUGAGGAAGUGUUUGAGGAAGCAUGGGAUGAAAUGAUCAAGGAAGGGAAUCUUCGUAACCAUGAAUGUUUGCAGGAUCUUUAUAAGAUAAAGAGAAAGUGGUCAACUGCUUUCAACAAGGAUUGCAUAUCAAAUGAGCACAGAAGCUCAAGAUAUAAAUACCUCUAAAACUAAAAAAAAUUCAAAUAUCGUUUUGGGCACUCACACAGCACAAGAAAAUCACUCUAUACAUGCUUUUCUCUAGCGUGGUGGGAGGGAACCCGGUGCGGCGCUUGCGGCGAGGUAGGUAGGCCGUGCAGACGCUUUUCUCUGGCGUGGCGAGACAAACUUAAGUAAUCAUGUAUGUGCCGUCAUGCGUUUGGGGAAAGAACUAUAUAUUUUAAACAAAUACAUCAAAAGACCCAUGUACGCCUUUCUCUAGUGUGGUAGGAUUGAAGAUGAUGGCCAUGGUGUCCCCCGACACCUACCAUAAAUUUUUUCUCUAGCGUGGUGGGAAGGCCCAACUCUCAAAAUUUUUUCUAAACAGGAGAGACGUUGGAAUACUGUCGAAAUUUCAAAUGAUAGGGGGCUUGACUUAGAUAAUUAACAGGGAACAGAAUUUGAAUAGAAUUACAUGGAACUAGAAUUUAAAUUAAUAAAUGCACAAUCAAAUUGAAGUAAUAAUGCUAAUUAAAGAUCUUGAUCAUUAAAAUGAAUAUAAAUGAACAAACAAGGGCUCGUGGCAUGUAAAGAAUAGUAAAAACAUACAACUAACACCCGCAUAUAAUUUUGGACACGAUCAUAAUGCUUACAUAAACACAAUAGUUCAUUUUUGUGAGGAGGGAGAUUUGUAAUGAGCACACAACCUCUCUUAUGGGCGAUAACGGGAGGAUAGAGGACUAUAAAUAAUACAAUUGCAUUCUCAAUCUACUUGCAAAUAAAUGCAUUAAACUCCUACAAGCAAAUAGGGUUGACGUGUUAAUUCACCUGCAAGCUAUAGUGAUUGACGUGCGAUGAAUGCGACGGAUUCCCUAUGCCCUAUGAGUAUAAAUAGGGGAUGCGCAAUGAAUACAACAGCCUCUAUGUAAUUAAACAUAUCCAUUUGCUCACAAACAAUAAAACUCCUUACAAACACAUACAAUGCAAAUUGUAAUGAAUACUACGUCCCUUCAAUCGACAUCUGUCACACCCCAGUUUGGCCACCCCUUACGGUCAAUCUAGAGUAUAAUAGAUAAGGAAAUAAAUCUAUUUAGAUUCUCCUAAUAUUUCAGCUUAUUAAACUCCACACUUUUAGUAAUAGGAAGCAUGUAAUGUACCUCAAGUAACAUCAAAUAUAAUCAAAGUAAAUACAGAGCUCUACUAUAACUUUUAAAUUUUACUUACAUACACAAAAGUCUGCACAGCUAUCGUUCAGAUCUCUUUUUAGAUUUUUUGUACACCCAAAACAUAUGUACACAAAAAAAAGAACAGUCACCUUUUAAAUGCCCUACGGGCUGCUUUCCCUUUUCUGUAGUACAACCACUGCUAAUGAGCUAUGACUCAAUGAAAUACACAAACAAUGCAUAAGAAAUAAUAAUAAUAAUUUUUAAGCAUUACGAAUUUCAGAACAUUAAUGUUAACAUAGAUAAAAUAGAUUAAAAUUUUAUACUAAUCGUAAGAAAUAUAUGACAUUACUUUCCAUCUUAGUAUCUCUUCUACAUUUUGAACAAAUCAUAUGAUAACUAUAAGCCUUUGUUCUCUUUCAGCUUUUCAAUUCAUGGUUACUCUCUCAAUCGAUAAUUUUAUUAGUGAAAGCACGAGGAAAGGAGAUUCAGGAGGAUGGUGGUGAAUUGGAAAGUGUUUUCCAUUGAGGGCUGGCACAUGGAGCCCCCUAAUGCCUCGAGCUUUUUUAUGAUGCUUGUGCCUAAGCUUGGUUGAGGUGUGCCUCACCUUACUAGCAUGAGGCUUAUGCUUCACCUGAUUUAUAUAUAUAUUUUUAUUAAAAUUUACAUAAAUCCUAAACUAAAGACGCGAACAACUCAUGUCUUCGUGUACCCCAAUGCAGAAGUUACUUCCUCUUAACUGCCUCGACCUCCAAACUACCGCCUUUGCCAUAGUCACCAUCGGGAAUCACUUGAAAGCCGCACACCACCACAACUUCCUCAAAAAAUUUUAGAGUAUUAUUCUCAUCUUUAUGUUGAUGAAAAAUAUUAUGAAAGAGAUAGAUGAUUGAAAUAAAUAAAGAAGAAACAAUUUAAAGGUAUUGAACUCCAUAGGAUGAGGUCGGGAAGAGACAAAUUUGUUAUGUCAACGACUCAAAUAAAGAUUCCGUCAGUCAUGACAAUAUAAAUGAUUUCUGUUCUUGUCAAUUAUGUCAGCUUUUUUUAACAAUUAAAUAUGGAUGAGUAGCGAGCUGAGAAAGAAGGAAUUUGGAGUUGCAGUUUAUGUUAUAGGAUUCUUUAUGAAAUUUCUAUAUUUCAUGUUAUUUUUCUCUUUUAAUAGUUGGAUUUCAAUUCUAUUUCAAACAAUUUAUUACUCACCUCUUUACAUUAUGUGCGAUUUUUUAUUUCAUAUGAAUGUCAAUUUGUUAUUUUAUAGUUCAAUAGAAAAUUAAUAUGUUGUUAUUUAACAUAUUAUUUGGGUUUAUACAAAAAUAUUUUUAACCUUUAUUUUCACAUUACGCAAUUUUCAGAUUUGGAGGCUUACGCCUCAAAUAUUUUGAGGCUUACGCGUCAAAUGCCUUGAGGCUUCGGCCUCGCCUCAUGAAAGAAAAAUCCCUCAAUACCCAAUUGUGCAAUUUUAAACCUUCGCUUCGAUCCUCUAACCCAAUCGGAUCUUAACCCAUGACUUAGCUGGAUCGAGGACCUUCUUCCGAUUUUCCUCAUAGACGGAAGUCAUUGCUCGUCUAGUCAAACCUAUUUCAUUCGAUCCAGUCGUCUUAGCCGCAAGCAAGAUGAAACUCGCGCCAAUCUUGCUCCCAUUGACUCUUAGUGUCGAUCUCGACCCUAGGCGAUCGAACCUCUAAGCUUGCCGACCGCACAUGAACUCCAUAUUCUCAUCCUCACCCGUACCCAAGCAACUUACGACUUACAACCUAGCCUUUAUUGAUCAUCGAUAGCCCGAUUCCUUCUCGACAGUUACUCUGAAUCCAACCCUAUCUAACCUCAAUCGAACACAAACAGCCCCCAGACUUCCACUACUCUAUCUCUAUUCCACUCUUUCCCAACUCCACUUUACGUGCACACAGUGAGCUCUCAAACUCCUACAAACUCCCUCUCUCAAAACCACUUAACAACAUCACUCUCACUGUAACAGAGAGUUUGAACUAUUAUUUUUCCUAUCUUAAUAUUAUUAAUAGUAUAAGUAAUGUUAUUUAUAGUAUUAGCAAUUAGUAUUAUUAUUAUUAAUAAAAAAGAAGAAAGAAAAAAGAAAAAAGAAAAAAAAGAAGAAGAAAUUAAACAAAAAAAGAAGAGAAAUGAAUUCAAAUAAAAAGAGAAAAUCUGUGUUUUUUGAUCGAUCCCUCUGUUAACAUCACAUCGCCACAGUUAACUCUUACACUAAGAUAUAAAUACCUCUAAAACUAAAAAAAAAAAAAUUUAAAAAUCACUUAUACACACUUUUCUCUAGCGUGGUGGGAGGGAAUCCGGUGCGGCGCUUGCGGCGAGAUAGGUACGCCGUGUACACACUUUUCUCUUUUCUACAGUACAACCACUACUAAUGAGCUAUGUCUCAAUGAAAUACAUAAAUAAUGCAUUAUAAAUAAUAAUAAUAAUUUUUAACCAUUAAGAAUUUCAGAACAUUAAUGUUAACAUGGAUAAAAUAGAUUAAAAUUUUAUACUUAUCAUAAGAAAUACAUGACAUUACUUACCAUCUUAGUAUCUCUUCUACAUUUUGAAAUAAAUUAUAUGAUAGCUAUAAGCUUUUGCACUCUUUCAGCUUUCAAAUUUAAGGUUGACUCUAUAUUCUCCACUUUUAGAAUUGAAGUUGCUCUCUCAAUCAAGGUUGGGUCCAUAUUCCUAACUUUUAGAAUGGAGAGUAUAGGCUUACAUCGUUAGGUCUUUUGCCUUUACUUGUGCGGGCUUAUCCCCUAUAUAUGACUUAAAUCACUUGCUUUUUUUGUAGAAUCAUCUAUUGAAUCAAUGAUCUAUAUCACUAGAAUCAACUAUAACAAACAUAUUGAAAUAGAUGGGCAUACAUGAUAUUACAUGAAAGGCAUGUUAUCAUAAAUAUAACAAAUAUUAAUUCACAAAUAUAUAAAUUUUGAACCGAUUGGGUAUCUCACCUCGCUAGGAAUGCAUUCUCCUAGAGUCGGCUUUCUUUUCCUCUUGUACACCAUCUCUACCACAUUUCUCCUCAUUCAACUCAAAUUCUUUUCUUUCCUUCAAAAUUUCGUCCCUACUUCUUUCCUUUUCUUUCUCUUUUCCUUACUAGUUUCAACCAACAACCACUGAUUUCUGCAGCCUGAUUUCAGCAACUUGACAUUAAAAAAAAUCUCUUAUGACUUCCAAAAACUAGUAUUAGCAAACCUUAUCUUAGAAAAUACUGAUGUAAGUAACCCACAACAGCUCUCACCUGAUUUUUGAAAUUUUCUGCAGCAACCCUUACAUGAUUUCCUCCUUAAAUCUGAAUUCAAUUCCCAUCCUAGUAGCUACAGCACCCACAUACGGCAGACCCACCUCCGUCUCCUUGCUUGCAAGAUACUUCAUUAGGAAUUCCAGCUAGUGGAGAAUGAAAUGAGUAAAUGGAAAGGCUUUUAGUUAUUUGAUUAAUUAAUAUACUACCCAUUCCACUAUCUUUCCACUCAGCUUUAUUCUCAGCCACAUGAUUCAGCCCCAUGAUUCCACUAUACAUUAUAAUAUACAUAUUCUAAAUUCCACUAAGUUCUUGCUCUAUUGCUAACUCCUAGAUGAAUUAAGGGAAAGAUCAACCAAUGCAUGCUAGCUUAAGUGGAAUUUGAGAAAUAAAAUCUGAAAUGCAUUAAUUGUGCAUAAACCUAAUACUUAGAUUUACAUUAAGGGGCUGUUUGGUUGCCUGUAAAGUAACGCAGUGUAAAGUAAAUGCAGUGUAAAGUAAAUGUAGUGUAUUUCAAAUAUUUUGAGGUUGUUUGGUUGUCUGCAAAGUAAACACAGGAGAACUAUUUCCCUUAUUUGAUUAGAUAUAUCCAAAGUAAAAUAAAAUCAGUGCAUUUGUGAUUUUUUUUAAUUAUAACUAGUGUAUUUUUUUUUGUCAUUAUAACACAGGCAAAAUGAUCACCCUGACAGACCUUUACUCCGUCCUCACAGCCAUAGUGCCACUCUACGUCGCAAUGAUCCUCACUUACGGCUCUGUCCGGUGGUGGCGGAUCUUUUCGCCGGAGCAGUGCUCCGGCAUCAACCUCUUUGUAGCCAUCUUCGCAGUUCCACUCCUCUCCUUCCACUUCAUCUCCACCAAAGACCCCUACGCCAUGAACUUCCGAUUCGUCGCCGCCGAUACUCUUCAAAAGGUGAUCGUUCUCGCCGCACUCGCCGUUUGGGCUCGGCUCGCUACUCAUGGCUGCCUCGAUUGGUCCAUCACGCUAUUCUCCCUCUCUACGCUCCACUACACACUGGUCAUGGGAAUUCCCCUCCUCAUCACUAUAUACGGACCAUACUUUGGAUCACUCAUUGUCCAGAUUAUCGUUCUCCAGUGCAUCAUCUUGUAUACUUCUUAGCUGUUUUAACAGUCCUUCAAAGAAUGCGGCGAUGGACUUUACUUUCAGCCGUCGCCGUCGGCGACGGCGGCGAGAGUGGUGUUGAGCUUUCUUGAGAUUCAUCUGAGCUUCGCCGCCAGUGGAAUUGUCGUCUUCGAGGCGGUAAUCGAGGCGAAUGCAGCUGUGGUGAUAGGGGCGAUGAGAGGAUGGUCGUCGCCUGUGAGAGCGGAGCCGGAGCCGGUGGUUUGGUUAAUGUUGACUGGUUCGGUGGUGGUGGAAUUACUGCCGCCAGGUUUGUAAAUGGCUUCAAGCUCGCUGAAGAGUUUGUAAUUGUUUCCUGGAUGGGAAUUCUCCAACUCCUCUGUAAUUCCUCUGCUUCGCUUAGCGAAAUGGUGCUCGGCUGACUGCUCUUUGCACCACUUGUUGUUGCUGUUAAUGUAGUCUAAAUCUAAUGGCCGCUUGAAAAGAGUUAUAAUUAUAAAAUAAGAAAAAAGUAGAACUUUUGAAUUUCGGAUCUUUAACGAUAGGUAGGUAGUAUUUACCAAAAUGGCUCCUUUAUGGUGCAGUCUUCUCUAUUCCAUGAACGUAAUUGGCUCUCUGAGGCAUUUUCGCCGUGGAGAAUGCUGCCGCUGCUGUCGUCGACGACGGAGAGUUUAAAUUUCAUGUCGGCAGGGAGAAAAGUUGUGAUUAUUGCUUGAAAGAGUUGGAAAUGGUGGUGGUGGUGGUGAGGCUGCGGCGGCGGUGGCGUGAAGAGUUGUUGAGUGAUGGGGGAUAUUCGAUUGGUCUAGAUUCUUAUUGCCGACAAGUUCCCUGACACUGCGGCUUCGAUCGUCUCGUUCUGGGUGGACUUAGAUGUCAUCUCUCUCGACGCCGGACGAGAUUUUUUGCAGGCAGAAGCAGAGGUGGGAGGUGAUGACAAGAUCCAUGUAACUGCAAGAAAGUCCACAUCGUCUAG